AUGGAAGAAGCCGGCCCCCAAACCCCCGCUUCGGCCAAGUCCGGUGGCACCAAAGGAGGAAAAGGACCGACCAAACCGGGAGCGGGUGCGGCCAAGGCCACCCCUCCCAAGCUGAAGCUGGGGAAACCACCUCGCUCUGCGGCGGUGGUGCUUUCAGUCCCGGAGGAAGCAGCGGAAGGCUUCUUGGCGGAGGUCUUAAAAUACGUCCGAGAAAGGGUGUCUCUCGAACCCCUCGGUAUUCAAGGCCUCCGCCCAAGACGAGCACUCACCAAAGCCAUAAUCCUAGAAGUCUCCGGUAAGAAUAGCGACACCAAGGCGGAAAUGUUGUCUCGACGAGUCGAUCCCCCCGAGGAGAUCAAAGAAGCUGUGGCGUCCGCCAGGGGCUGCCGGUCGACUAAGGUUAAGGUCAGCCAACCUCGUGCCUCCCCCGGUGGGCUGUCCACAGCAUGGGUGCAGUGCCCACUGACCGCGGCCCGAAAGGUUGUCGAGGCCAAGACGCACAGGGUCGGCUGG